AUGGCGUAUCAGUGUCAAAACAAUCCUAGCGAAUUUAUCCAAAGUACAUAUGAAGAGACACAGAACAAAGAUGAUAGUUUAUUGACUUUCUCAAAUAUAUCUACUUGCAAAGAAAAUAACAUAGAUUUGAUAAGCGGAUUGGAAAACAAACUUUCUAAGUCUCAGUAUAAGGAACAAGAAAUUGGCGAUAGAAUUGGUAAACAGUAUUCAAAUUGCAACAGUAUUGACAAACAGAUCUGCACAAGUAAAUACAAGGAAAAACUAAUAAAAAGUGAGAAUUAUAAUCCAGAAGCUUUUGACAAUCUCCAACCUGAUAAUUCAAAAAAAACUGACUCAAAAGUUAAAGUUACUAUGUUGGAAACGUCAGAAUAUUUGAACAACUAUGAAAAUAAGUGCUCAAAUAAAGAUUCAAAAAGGCCUAAAACAUGUGAACAAAAUACUCAACUUAAUAGCAUCGAAAAUUAUCUCAACAAUGAUAAUGAAGGUUUUAAAUGUAAAAAACUAGAUCAACUGAAAGAUGAACAUGGUAAAAAAGAAGAUCCAACUGAUGAAAAAUCUCAGACCUCUUCUCAGAGAAAAAGUAUAAAGGACUCUGUCUCUACAUGUGAACAACUGAAAAAUACAGAGGUGUUGAGGACUACAGUGAAACAUUCAAGUGUCUGGCAAAAACACAAUUUUCAUUCAUUGGAUGGAACUUCAACCAGAGGCUUUCAUCCUCGAACUGGAUUGCCUCUCCUUUCAAGUCCUGUUCCUCAAAGGAAAACACAAUCAGGUUACUUUGAUCUGGAUUCUUCAUUACCACAUCUGAAAAGCUUAUCAUCUAGAAGUCCUCAACCAUGUUUAAACAUUGAAGAUGAUCCAGAUAUUCAUGAAAAGCCGUUUUUGAGUUCUAGUGCCCCACCUAUAACAAGUCUUAGUCUUCUUGGAAAUUUUGAGGAAUCUGUCUUGAACUAUCGUUUAGAUUCUCUCGGCAUUGUUGAUGGCUUUACUGCUGAGGUUGGGGCAAGUGGUGUUUUCUGCCCCACACAUUUGACUCUUCCAGUUGAAGUGUCAUUCUACAGUGUUUCGGAUGAUAAUGCUCCCUCUCCUUAUAUGAGUGUGAUUACUCUAGAGUCCCUUGGUAAAAGGGGUUAUCGAGUACCUCCUUCAGGAACAAUACAAGUGACCUUAUUUAAUCCUAAUAAGACUGUGGUGAAGAUGUUUGUUGUGAUAUAUGACUUGAGAGAUAUGCCAGCCAAUCAUCAGACAGUCCUAAGACAAAGAACUUUUUCUGUUCCUGUUAAACAAGAAAUGAAGAGAAAUAUUAAUAAAGAGAACAUCCGACAUACCGAAGAACGGUUAUUACGCUACCUCAUACAUCUGAGGUUCCAGAGUUCUAAAUCUGGAAAGAUCUACCUCCACAGAGAUGUACGGCUCCUGUUCUCUAGAAAGUCAAUGGAGGUUGAUAGCGGUGCUGCGUAUGAACUCAAAUCUUACACCGAAUCACCAACAAGCCCUCAGUUUUCACCAAGAUGUUGAUAAGGAGUGAUGGUUCAAAGUGUUGGCUCAGUACCUAAGUUUGAAAGUAAAAAUUAGCAUAGAAUGGAGUGUACCAAAUUAACAGUCAGGAGAGUGGAUCCUCUCCUGUUUUCCUGGACCAGUUUUUAGCAGAAGAUUCCUGAAAUGAGAUCUACAUAUUCCAAGUAGACUGGAAACACUCAUGUCCUAAUCCUUUUUGUACUGUUGAAACCACUUCAUUGGACAUGUUGCGAUAGCAAACCCCCCUGUUAGAUUAGUGUUUAGACAUUUUCUUUCUCAGUUAUUUAAUAUUUAAUGUUUUCCUUAAUACUCAAGUGAUGUUUGUCUCUAGUGUUCUAAUGUAGCACAAAUUCUAUGUAAAAUCAUACUAUGUAUUUUUGACAUUAAUGUUGAAAUAUGAAAUAUAUG